AUGUCGACAACGACGAGCGCCUCAACAACAUCUAUAACCUCAGCGCCGAGUAGUCUUGUGGGCCCAUUGACCACGACGUACACACCUCCUGGCUCCGAUUGUAGUCAGAUUUUCUGGGCUCAAAAUCCACUCCAUCAAUGGUUGGCUCAAGGGGGCAUUGGUAGUGGAAGUUCGACUUGUAUGCCAAGCGGAUACCGACGUCAAACAGCAUAUUAUUAUUCGCCAGGAAUUUGCCCAACUGGUUACAGUGCCGCCUGCUCGUCGUUUUCCACAGGUUCAAGUCUUAGCAAAACCGUUGCAACUUGUUGUCCCACAGGCUAUACAUGUUUUGCGAAUAGGCCCGCGGAUGAAAUAUAUGGCUGUACAUCAUAUUUUUCGGAUAAUGAAACCCUAUCCAUCAAUAGCGUAUCAUUUGAUACUGUUACCGCCGCCAGUACAACCUCCUAUCCCAUCAUGUACGCCAGCACGACAGUAAUGGUCACAUCGGGAGUUGAUUUUGUAGGAGCAUAUGGUAUAAUUAUAGAGAGAGCUACGGACGAUCCUACGUGGGAAUCAAGCACAACGUCAUCUUCUACAUCUUCGUCAACCGCAUCACCAAUUGCAAGUGGGUCAACCACACUCGUUUCCGCCACUUCGUCUUCAAGUGGCAUUUCCUCAGCAUCCACAUCCACAUACAUAUCAUCACCGAGAACGGGACUAACUACCGGCGCCAGAGCCGGUGUUGGCGUAGGAGUCGCCUUCGGUAUUAUACUCAUUUGCACGGGCGCUUUCCUCCUGUGUAAAAGGCUCCGAAAACGUCCCCAAGGAUCGCAACCUAUUCCUAUAGUCGACAUCGGCGCACAAUCGCAAUAUUAUGAUAAAUAUAACGAUGGCCCCCAGUAUAAUGUUCCUCAGUAUGUGGCGGAAGCUCCAGCUACAACGGUAUAUCAACGGGGAGAAGAGCUACACGGGAAUCCGAUAUCAUAUGAGAUGCCGGGGAGUUCGACACCGGGGAAAUAG